UAAUCUCAAUUCCUCAUGACUGGUGCGACAGACACAACCUCAAGAACCACUUGUUUUUAUGCCAUGAUCACGUGACUCCAGUGGCUGCAGUUUUAUCGAUGGUUUCUAUCAAUAAAAGAUUAUAAGCAGACAUGCCUUAUGCAACAGGCAAACAAUUUUCAGCUUUAUGGUUUUUCUUAAUCUGUUUCUUAAUUAUGUUUACUUCUGUCCCUUUUAUCACUAAGCAACAUAAUAAGAAAAUAUUUGCAUUAUAGAACCUUCACUACAAGAAUACCUUACUUUGGUUCUGUUCUACAAUACUGUAAAAGUUUCUGAGUAAUACAGUCCAUCAGUUUUUUCCUUUAAAAAAGUGCUCAGCUUCUCAUGAUCCGUGUGAAAUAUGGAGUAAGAAAAAUAAUUCAACUAGAAGAAGGCAAAUCCAGAAUUAUUGGUAAUGCGCUAUUAGCCUACAACUAAGGCAAGCAUCCACAAUUGCAGCACAUGAAAGAGCAGAAACAUGGCAAGUUAAGGAUCAUCAACGUUCUAUGUCCUAGGUGUUUCAUGUAAGUAUCUACACUUACAAACAUAAUCUUACAAUUUAAGAAACGGGUUCUGACAAUUUGGCUGAGCAUCAAAUUUUGUCUCCUGUUUGUAGUCUGCCAUACCUCUUUUGACAGAGUGCAUUGGGUUGAAGAACUAAAAUUAAACUAAAACGAAUUCUGUAGUAAAACUCACGUUCCAAAAUACCGUAUGGCAUAAUGUUAUAAAGGUUGGACGAGUUCAUUUCACCCCUCUAUGAGUUCAUCUUCUCAUGGUUACCGAAACACCAAACUAAAUAUUUAUUUGAUCUCUUUGAAUUGAAUCUAUCAGGAGUUGAGGCAGGUCGUGAAUUUUAACUCCUUAUAUGUUCUGUGCAUUUUGGCUCUCUCAUUCAAUUGUUUUCUCAUAGUUGCAGAAAAGUUAACUGGGGAUAUAUCUCUUCUUUUGCAGCAUUUGAUCGAUUGAUAGAGACUGAAGAAGAAAACAUGCACGUAAGUUUCAUUCCAGGAGAAGUACAGGAUCUAUGGGAUAAUUGGGGUCUGGAAAUGCUUGUGCUAUUGAGUUUCACCAUCCAAGUGAUCCUCACAGUGUAUGGAAGCCGCAGAAAGGACAUCCCAGGUUUGAGGACAAGGUUCACAGUUUGGUUCACCUAUUUGCUGUCUGCUUCCCUUCAAAAAAUCAUCAUAGGCAAGCUUACAGUAAUACCUGAAAGUGAUCCAAGCGAACGCAACAUAAGACGUGAACUGAAGGCACUGUUUGCACCAUUGCUUCUGGUGCAAAUUGGAAAUCCAGAUGCCAUAACUGCAUACUCAAUUGAAGAUAACAGAUUGGGGCUGAGGCAGUUGCUCACCCUUGUUCUCCAAGUAGCUGUGGUGAUUUGGAUCAUCAUAAAGAGUUGGACACAUUCACAACUCUCUUUUCUGUACUUGCCAUUACUUGUAUCUGGACUAAUCAAGCAUGGAGAAGUUGUUUGGGCUCUAAAGUCAGCACUUACUAAAGGAUCGGGCAUAAUCACCAUUCAAGAAAUUGACCAAGAAGCCAACAUGCCUGCUUUAUUCAGAUUCCUUCCUGAGGAUAUUCCAAACAUAGAGUUGAUCCUAAAGGCUUAUUACCGCUUUAUCUCAUUGAAGCCCCAUCGUGAGCAUUGGCUCUACCAGCCUUUAUACGAAUCGCUACCCCAUAUGUCUAUAGAUGAGUAUGCUCCAGAAGACAUCUUCCACAUCACAGAUGCAGAACUGAGCUUCAUGUACGAUGUGUUGUACACCAAGUCACCUAUAAUCUAUACCAAAGCAGGUUGUAUUCUUCGUGUCGUAAGCUUUUUCAAUUUAGUUCUAACAUUGUGUGGAUUCUCAGUCUUAUUUAGGCAAGAAUUUUCACGCCAUUGGAAAGCAUGUUUUAUAGUUGGGGUGUUAGGUGGAGCAGUUCUCAUGGAGGCAUACCAGAUUGUACAAUUACCGUUCUCAGAUUGGGCCAUAAUUCAAAUGAUCAAGCACAAAGAUCUUCCACUAAUGAUUCCAUGCUUGAGAAUUCUUGGACCCAGAGCCAGGAGUUGGAAAAGGUGGUCAAACUCAUUGCCACAGUUCAACUUGCUAAGCUUUUGCAUUCAUGACAAGCCAAUAAGGUGUGGAAAAAUUCUAAAAUUCCGUGGCAUUGACGUGGAGUUGAAAAAGAACAGGUGCAGGACACGCAUAGAAUUUCCCCAAGAACUGAAAGCUCUGAUGGUUCAAGAAAUGAAAGAUAUUGAUGGAGUUAGAAGACUGAAGCACUUCAACCAACGAGGAGAAUGGUCACUCGGCAGGUAUGGCUCGCCCAACGACAUCAAAUGGAGUGUUAAACGAGACUUCGACAAGAGUAUUGCAAUAUGGCACAUUGCAACAGACAUAUGCUACUAUUCAGAUGCUCAUGCCAAGGAUUCAAGCCCCAAAAUCCAAAUGGCCAGAUUAUUGUCCAAUUACAUGAUGUACCUCCUAGGCAUGCGCCCUCACAUGCUGUCCACCACCACUGCCAAUAUAAUAUUUCAACACGCCUGUGAUAAACUGAAGGGUUUGACGGUAGACAAAGAACAAUGUGUGAAAGAUGAAAAAGAAGCAUGCAGGGUUUUGAGAACAGAAAGAGUUCCCCAACAUUUAAAUUCUGAGCGGAAAUCAGAAACUGUUGUGACAUCAAAAUGGAACAUGCUUAGGGAUGCUCAGAGACUGGCUAGGAAUUUGAUGCUAAGGGAGAACAGAUGGCAGAUCAUAUGCAGUGUGUGGGUGGAGAUGUUGUGUUAUGCUGCAGCUAAUUGCUCAACAGAUUAUCACUCUGAACAAAUAAGGAGAGGUGGAGGUUUGGUAACACAUGUUUGGAUUCUGUUAGCUCACAAGACUGAUAAAUAUCACAUCAGUGACUAGUAAUACAUUUACCUGGUUUGGUUUCUCACGAAAGUUGAUCUGAUUUUGUGAGGUUUACAUUCUUCUCUUUGCUUCCGGUUUACGGUUUGUAACGCUAUUUGUACGCAUUCUGAUUUUUUCAGGGACCAUUUUAGAAUAUUCUAACGCACUAUGUGAUG